CGAGGAGCAGCGAACGGUUUAUCUGCUGUUUCCAUCGGUUUCGCUGUCGACCGCCCCACGUCUUUGGAGUCGGCAUUCCGAGGCCGGCGUUAGCUAUUGUAUUCCCGCCGAAGAGCGAGUGUUUGGUCUCGGCAGCGCGGAGUGAGGGAAAGUAGCCCGCCAUUCCUCCGCUGGCUCUCGCCACGAGAACGGACGUCGGUUAUAGUGCGGUGUUCUCGUGGCCGGCGACAACGGCAUCGCGGUAGUGCCUUGUAGUCUCUGUCUGGAGAGGGAGGGUUGUUGCUGCAUCUUCGCAGCGCUAGGGAAGUGACGAUCACUUUCUCAGUCUAGUUUCUGUGGUUUUCGGGCGAAAUGGGAGAAGCUAAGGAUGCCGCUGAUACCUACCAGGAGGAGCUCUUGGAUUACGAGGAGGAUGACGUCGCAGCCAACGACGCACCAGCCGCGAAGGGAACGGAGGCGGUGAAGAAGGGUUACGUAGGUAUUCACAGCUCGGGGUUCAGAGAUUUCCUUCUUAAGCCUGAAUUACUCCGUGCGAUUGUCGACUGCGGUUUUGAGCAUCCCUCGGAAGUUCAACACGAAUGCAUUCCUCAGGCGAUUUUGGGCAUGGACGUCAUUUGCCAGGCAAAGUCCGGUAUGGGAAAGACUGCAGUCUUUGUCUUGUCCUCUCUACAACAAAUUGAGCCUGUUGCGGGACAGGUGUCGGCGCUGAUCCUUUGUCACACUCGAGAAUUGGCCUAUCAGAUUUGUCAUGAGUUUGAGAGGUUCAGUACCUACUUGCCGGAUAUCAAGGUGGCGGUAUUUUAUGGAGGGGUGAAUAUCAAGACCCACAAGGAUCUUUUGAAGAACGAUUCUCCGCAUAUCGUUGUCGGGACCCCCGGACGCAUUCUUGCCCUGGCGAGGGAGAAGGACCUGAACCUGAAAAGUUGCAGGCAUUUCAUUCUUGACGAGUGCGACAAGAUGCUCGAGUCGUUAGAUAUGAGACGAGAUGUGCAAGAAAUUUUCAAGCUGACGCCGCAUGACAAGCAAGUGAUGAUGUUUUCGGCAACGCUGAGCAAGGACAUUCGACCAGUCUGCAAGAAGUUCAUGCAAGAACCUAUGGAGAUUUACGUCGAUGACGAAGCGAAGCUGACUCUUCACGGUCUUGUUCAGCAUUACAUCAAGCUUAGCGAAGUUGAGAAGAACCGCAAGUUGAACGAUUUGCUGGAUGCGCUCGACUUCAAUCAGGUGGUUAUUUUCGUGAAGUCAGUGAGCAGAGCCUCUGAACUCAACAAACUGCUUGUGGAGUGCAAUUUCCCGUCGAUAUGCAUCCACUCCGGUAUGGCGCAGGAAGAAAGGUUAACGAGGUAUAAGAGUUUCAAGGAAGGGCACAAGAGAAUACUCGUGGCGACGGAUCUCGUUGGACGUGGUAUCGAUAUUGAGAGGGUUAAUAUCGUGAUCAACUACGAUAUGCCCGACUCGCCGGACACGUAUCUUCACAGGGUUGGCCGAGCCGGAAGAUUUGGAACGAAAGGUCUGGCCAUUACAUUCGUUGCUUCGUCUGGCGAUUCUGACAUUUUGAACAAGGUUCAGGAAAGGUUUGAAGUUGACAUCAAGGAACUGCCGGAGCAGAUUGAUACGUCGACCUACAUGCCAUCGUGAGGCGCAUGUUAAUUCCUGAAAUUGCUGGGCUAGAUUCUGCCGUAGAGAUGAAGGAGAGCUGGGAUCUUCUUUCGGAACCUAGUUCUCGCCGGCGUACUGUAGAGGGCGCUCAUGCCGGCGACUAUCUCACGCGGGUUCUGUAAUUGUGUCGUUGUUCUUCUUUAGAAAACGAGGUUUUCGUUCCGUUUCGGUUCAAUUUUGGAGUAUGGUGUGAGGAGGUGAAGGUGGGGAAGGUGGUGAGCCCGUUGGAGGCUGAAGAGACGGUAGGUGAUGGGAGGCUGAAGAGACGGUAGGUGUGAGGCUGAAGAGACGGUAGGUGAUGGGAAUGCCCGGAGCUUUGCCGGCUACAUGCAUGUUAUGUUCCCGUCGUAAUGGCCGAACCUUGCUCGGUCCGGUCCCAACUGACUCUGCUUGCACGCUGCUUGGCCUUGUCAAAGGAUGGGAGAAAACGUGAGGAUUUAACGACCUUGUAAGACGAUGAGUGAGACGUGGUAAGGAUGAAGUAUCGUUAUGACGGCCUUUUUUCAUAGGUAGGAACACUCGAAAUCUCUGCGUUUAUGCGCGCCAGUAGAUUAGUAUCUGUCCCGUUCGCAUGGACUUCAGAUUUGAGUUGUUAGUGGUAAGAUGUAUCUAGCGCGCUCAUAUUUUAUGGACUGAAGUGACGUAAGAACUGCCCUGCCUUGAGGGAGCUGUUCAGAUUGUGCAUAUCUAGAAUCAUCGUGGAAUUCUCCAUUUGAAGUCAGCACCUUUUUGGGCAGCUGGUUACGGUCGCUGGAGACGUAGAGUCCGAAUCGCUGCGACAAUGAGCGUGGGGUCUUUUCUACCACAUCAACUGUUCUCUGUGCGCGUGGCGGUGGAGUUCAGGACGUGAGUUGGAAGCAUGGGGCCAUGAGACGAUCAGGCCAAGACGGGGAGUGCAGAUUGCAACGUGACAUCGUUCGAGCAGAGGAGGCUUCUUGACAGGUGAAAGCUAUGGCUCCGGUGCGAAUCGACAUCCGCGCAUGAAAGCAGCUUAGGGAAAAGCGCAUGAGGCCUGCAGUGCCGCACGAAAAACUGCGACGUUGUAUGGAUAGCAGAGGAGGGGAUAUUUUGAAGUUAAAUGGCCUAGGCGAGGAAUCUUUUUCCGCUCCCCUGGUUAAGUGGAAACUAGACUAGGUUUACGGGCGACAUAAAUGGGUGCGGGGAAAUUUAGGGCUGGCAUGAAGUGAUCCUAAACACAUUUGAAUGUAUCGUCUGCUGACAUGUAGUGGCUGAUAUCCUUGUAGGGAACAUAUGGUGGGAGGUGGUAGAGUCUGUUGCUUGUGCUCUAUAGUGGAGCGAACAGUCGGCCGAGGACAAUUGAAGACGAAGGUUUAUGUAUUUUAGAGUGAUAUGGCGGUGGAGGCGGACGGUUACCUAGCUUACUGUUUGCGCAGCAAUCGUCAGGUUUUAAGUGCUCGGUGAAAAUGGCUGGGACAUGCGCCCUCCAUUUCGUUUGCGAAUGAAGGACAAUGCAACCGCUGUAGAUCUCGUGCCGUACGCGAACGUUCUGGCGCCUGCAGCUAGUUAUCCGUCGUUCUGUCGUUUCUUAAGACUUCUUUUAUCUUCCUCGAUCAGAAACACUUGCAAUGGGAAGGGCGAUUGUUUCCUCCGCAGACGAUCUCAAAAAUACAAUAUAAUUUCGCGAUGUAAACCAUGGAGUGGUGUUCGAUGAUCACUUGCUUUGUGGCGGUUUCUUCAUCUGCAUUGACUUCCUCUGUUUUCUGUACGACACUC